AUGCCCCCUACACCGUCGGCAUCUGCUCCUGCAGGUGAACACACGGCUUCGCCUAUGCCAAAGCGCCGGAAAUCGCGCGGUCCUACACACUCAGAUACUGGCUUCAACAACCCCUUGGAUUUACGUACUCCGAUGUGGCAGACGAUCGUGGCUUUCCGUACUUCGUUUGGCAAAGGUUUCAACCGCGUCUUGGACUCCACCUUUAGCCUUGCAUCCGCACGUAAAGCUGUCGCGGACAAAUACCAUUUGGCGGCUGGUACACCCAUCUCUCUCUCGUACCAAGCCGGUGAUGGUAUGCGCAUCGACUUGGAUGACAGUGAGGAUAUUCGUGCUUUCCAAGUAUUUGCUUCGCGCGAGCCUUCUGUUACAGUGCAUGUGGACUUCCCAGAGUCCAGCAUUGGGACAAGUGCUGGAUCGGCUUCGACUCCGUCGCAAGAGCCUGCUGCUACACCUUCUAAGACUUCUCGUGGCCGUCGAGGCAAGUCGAAGGGCACCUCUACCUCUGCUACGCCGUCUGUUCCUCCGGUGACCGCAGAACCUAUGCCUGAGCCGUCUUCGGAGACGGCGGCUGCUCCCACCAGCCAUGUGGCCGACUCCUCUGUGGCAGAGGUAGCGCGUCUCACAGACCCAAAUGAGCCCCCAGCGGCAGCGCCCUCUGUCGCGUCGACGCCCAAAUCGUCACGUAAGCGUAAAGCCAAGGAAACCCCUGCCGAACAGAGUACGGUAGCGGCUGUGCAUGAGGAGCCAGCCCAACUAAACGCUGCUCACGACGAGGACGAGGACGACGAAGACAUUCCCCUCUCGCAAUCGGCUCCUCCUUCCUCACAAUCCAUGCCUCCGCCUUCGCAGGAUACCGAUAAGCCAAAACGCCAUCGUCGUACGAAAGCGGAAAUGGAGGCUUUUCGGGCUGAACAGGCUGCCAAAAAGCUGGAGAAGGAGCAGGCGAAGCAAGGACACCAGCCUGUCCCAGCAGCUGCAGACGAUGACGUCCCGGAUACAACGAAUGCGGGCGAUGAAACGACUAUUGUCCACGAUGUACGCACCGACGAGCACGCGUCUGCGGCUGCAGCUGCUGUGCAGGUUCUCAUGGCGGAAGGCUCCGUCGCCAUGCAGCAACGUUUGAACGACCUGAAAGCGAAGAAACAGCGUAAAAAUGCUACAGAGCGUGAGGAGCAAAAGCUCCUGGUUUCUCUGGUUGGCAAGGAUGGCGCUGCCUCGCAAGAGGCCUCUACACGUGAGUACUCUCGUUAA